AUGGACGAACCGACUAGCGGUGGCACGGCGCCAGGUGAGCGAGGAUACCGCCGCAUGAGGCUGGCUGCCAUGGCGGGGAAUCUGUACAGAUCAGGCCAGCAGGCCGUGAGCGGUAUGAAGGAGCAGUACGCGCAAACCAUGGGACCUGUGGAAGGCGGCGGCGACGGACACGGAAGGACAAGUAUUCCGGGCGCGUUUCCCGACGUCGAGAUCCACGUCCAGGGCCACCAGCAGAUGGUGCUCUUUCCGUCCUACGCGAUAAGACACAUCAAGAGGGACUGGGACAGGUUCGAGCAGAUGCUGUCUUCACAACACGAUGCCAACGGCAGCAUGGGUGCAGCAGCAGGCGACGAGUCGGCCGCCAAGGAUGGAGUAUACUGGCGCCAGGAGUGGGAGAGGCACGAGGAUGAGAAGGCCGUCGUCGACGUCGACGUCAGAGGGUGGAUCUACUCACCGCAGCUGGGACCCGUGACCAGGAGGAACAGGAUGCUCAUCGGGCUCGCUCGCCAGCUGAGCGGUAUCCCGCCGCCUAGGAAUGACACGCCUGCCAGCAACAGCGAGGGUGGAGGCUCCGAACCGGCGCCGGACAGCCUCCGCGCCCACCACCAGAUGCACGAGGCGCAGCGGGAGCAGGAGAGGAUCGAGCGCGAGGCGGCGCAGAUCGAGCGUCGCGGGCGGGAAGAGGAGCGCGUGGCGUUCCGCGGAGGAUACAGCGAGAGGCCCCGGCCCGGCCCGGACGCCGCCUCCAGGGCGACGACGCGGAGCGAGCCCAACUCUGCCCCGGUGAGCCCGACACAGUCGGCAUUGGCAUACGGCGGACCGCAGCCCAACGAGAUGAGCGAGGCGGAGCUAGCCAUUGCGAAUGCCAACCUGAUGGCGCGCAUCGCGCCGUUCAUGACGACGCCUCUGGUGUCGAUGCCCGUCACCGUCUUCUUCUACAACGAGACGCGGUCGCGGUCACGAACCAUCAUGACCAACGAUGCAGGCCACUUCAACCUGCGCGCGGCGCUCGACUUUGUGCCCACGCACGUCAAAGUGCUCACCAACGAAUCGCUGUCGGCCAUCAACAAGGUGGCCAUCACGGAGCCGAAGGGGAUCAGCCUCAUCAGCGACGUCGACGAUACGAUCAAGCGAUCCAACAUCUCGGGGGGUGCCAAGGAGAUCUUCCGCAACACCUUCGUCCGCGACCUGAAGGACCUGAUGGUCGACGGCGUUGCGGGCUGGUACAACGAGAUGCACCGCAUGGGCGUCAGCAUCCACUACUGCUCCAACAGUCCCUGGCAGCUGUACCCCGUGCUGAGCACCUUCUUCAAGGCCGUCGGACUACCGCCCGGGUCACUCCACCUGAAGCAGUACUCCGGUAUGCUCCAAGGCAUCUUUGAGCCGGUCGCCGAGCGCAAGAAGUCUACGCUCGACCGCCUCCUGCGUGACUUCCCACAGAGGAAGUUCAUCCUCGUUGGUGACAGCGGCGAGGCAGACCUGGAGGUGUAUACUGAGCUUGCGCUUGCCAACCCGGGCCGCAUCCUCGCCGUGUUCAUCCGCGACGUCACUACAACCGAGCAAGCGGGUUUCUUCGACAACUCCUUUGGAGCGAGCAGUACGAGUGCCUUACCCCGCAGACAGUCCGGUCCGCCGCCCAACGACGGUCGCAACCGCUCAGGAACGCCCCGACAGCAAACGUCUCCGAGGCUAGGGGCCCGGCAGCAGGAGAAGCCGCGUCAGAACUCGGGUCCCGUCAUGGGUGACCUGAUUGAUCUGUCAGAGCCCGCCACCGUGACCAGCCACAGUGAUAGCAAACCUGCUGGGUCGGCAAAUGGACGCAAGCUGCCGCCGCCGCGACCAGCCAAACCAGCUGCCCUGCGAAGCGCGCCGUCUCUCGUCGGUCUUGGACAGCAGCAGCAGCAGCAGCAGCAACGGCAACGGCAACGAGGCCCCGCAUCGGUCCCUCCCCUACCAGCGAGGAAGCCGCUGCCACCCUCCAAGACGACAUCAUCUACGGGAGCAGAGGCAGGGGCAGAUUCCCCACCCCCUCCCCCGCCACCCCGACGACGCAGCUUCUGGAACAGCAAUGCGGACGUCGAUGAGCAGCCUCUCCCUCCGCCGGCUGUAGGCACAGCGUCAGCGGCCUACAGCCGGUCCCGUCCCGAACCCAGGACGAACAAGUGGUCCCCCGCCGCGUCGCCGGAUUCUUCACCCACGCUAGGCCCGCAAGUCCCUAGGAAGGUUGAGCUGUGGACUAGGCGGCUGUCAAGGGCACAUGAGCAGCUAGACCAUCUUGGCGUGCUGCUGUAUACGUGGCGCACGGGCGGGGAUGUGGUCGAAGAGGCGGUGGGGAUAGUUGAACAGGCUAAGAGGAAGAUGGGUAUGUAG